AUGUUUGAUGUGAGUCGCUUCUCGCCCGAGGCGGGCCCGUCGCUGGCCCCGUUUACUCGUAGGAAUAUCAUGGGCUCGGUAUUUGAAACCACCAAGAGAUAUGACCAGUUGGAGCCUAUUGGCAUGGGUAUAUCUGGCCUCGUCUGCUCAGCAAGAGACCAUCUCUUAAAUCAAACGGUCGCGGUCAAGAAACUUUGCGAUCCAUUUAGGACAGCAGAAGUUGCGAAGCACAUGUUCCGCGAGGUUAAAUUGCUUAUCGAGCUCGAACAUGACAAUAUUAUCAAUUUGCGAGACAUAUUUAUUUCCCCCACCGAACAGAUCUAUCUCGUGACGGAUCUUAUGGCAACGGAUCUCCACACUCUGUUAAAGACCAAGAAGGUCGACGACCAAUUCACUCAGCUUUUCCGCGGACUCAAAUAUGUACAUUCAGCGGGUAUCGUACACCGCGAUCUUAAACCGAGCAACAUCUUGAUCAACGAGAACUGCGACCUUAAAAUCUGCGACUUUGGCUUGGCACGUACUCAAGACUCAAGCAUGACCGGCUACGUUUCUACUAGGUUUUACAGAGCUCCGGAGAUCAUGCUUACCUGGAAGCGCUAUACCGAGAAAGUCGAUAUCUGGAGUGCAGGUUGCAUUUUCGCUGAGAUGAUUAUCCAUCGGCCACUGUUCCCGGGAAAAGAUCAUAUUGAUCAGUACUGCGUAAUCACAGAGCUACUUGGAAGCCCACCAGAAGACGUCAUUGCAAACGUGAGCAGUGAAAACACCUUGAGAUUUAUUCACUCUUUGCCAAAGCAACCAAAAAAGCCUCUCAUAAAAGUCAUUCUUAGCACUAACAAGCAUGGUACGUUAUCAUGUAUUCAUGAAGACUUAUUCCCAAUUAAUGUUCAUCUAGCCGUUCCUUUACUCGAGAAAAUGCUUCGAAUUGAUUCAGAAAAGCGCUGUUCGGCAGAAGAAGCUCUCCAAUCGGACUAUCUUUCGCCUUACCAUGAUGCGGGGGACGAACCUACUGCGGUGGAGAAAUGUAAUUGGGAUUACUGCGAAGCAGAUCUCCCAACUAAUGACUGGAGAACGGUCAUAUACUCGGAGAUUCUAGCUUAUCACGACAGAUCAAGUGUAGAGUCGGAUUCCAAGGCCAUUUCUUUUGAUGAAAUGGAAACAAGCUGA